AUGCCGACACCCUCCAUAGAUAGCGGGACCUUACUAAAAUACCUCGGAUUAUCAUCAGACCAUUCGCCGUCACCAUCAAUUGAGCCCCUUCGUUUCCUCUCAGAGAAAUAUCUUCACUUCCUCCCGACCUCCAAGCGCAGUUUUCGACUGAACCGACGGACUAUCUACGCGCUUACGAAUCCACCUGAGCUGGGUUGGGAGGUGGGCAAGGUUCUGGAGCCGUCUCUCUGGGAGUGUCCCAGAGAGGAAAACCCCUCUCCCCCAGGGAAGGGCGCCGCAGAAGAAGAGAAAUCAUGGGUGGAGGAACACUUUUUGGAGUCCAAUCACAUUUCAAGUACCCAGGAUAUUAACUCGAGCUCGAGGUUGACCAAUAAAGGCUACGUGGGCAGACUCGCUGGUCUUCUAGCGGAGUAUGAAGAAGAACGCGCAGCAGAGCGGGCACGAGAGCUCAGGAAGGAAAGAGCUGCUGAGGCAGCCAGGGAAAGAGAGACAGAAGAAGAAUUUGACUCCGAAAGCGAUGAGGCUGACUUGCCUCCUGAGGAGCCCUUGAGCCUAGGGCAAGCACAGUGUUCGUUUGAACGCAUGCUCCGUGAACGGUUUAUUGAUGGACUUCUUGAUGCAUCGCUCUACGAGUCCGUGGACUAUAACGAAAAGUGGGAUCCUAACACCCAGGAUGAAGAAGACCGAUGGUUUGAUGACGACGGUGGGAACUGA